AUGGCUCAAGCCGUUCCCGCCCACAAACAGCGCAGAGCCAUGAGGGCACGACGCACACGACGCGCACGACGGCCAGUAUCAGCUCGUCUGAUUCUCGACGGUCAUCUGCGCGGAGAUGUUGCUGUACUGUCUGAUGAUCUGGUGGCUGAUCUGUUUCCCAGCAUCGACCUAACUGAAGCCGGAUUGAGCAAGUAUCCAAGCCAUGGACCGCUUUAUAUCGCGAUAUCUUCCUACACACCGCAAUACCAUGCCCUUGACGAUGUACCAUGGACUAUUAUACCGGCGCAAGUGCAACCCACUGAGCGCUCGCAAGUCGCCCCAAUCUCGCACUCCACCGUCCUCUUCCCGGCCUCGGCAAACUACCUGCAGUCCUUUUUCCAAACCCUAGCCAAGCUCGAGCCUACACGCCAUGCCAUCCAACCAUCAAGGCCUUUGGAAAUCCGAGUCCUAGACGUGGUUCCUCUUCAUCUCGAAACCGUCUACGUUACCGUGGAGCGAAAUCUACUCCGAAAUCUAGACGAUGUGCAAAGCAAGUUCGGCGGAGGAUUCAAUACUCGUGCGCAAGGAAUCAAUGGGAUAUGGGGUAAAGGUGGCAAGGCAAUGGAGGCCAAGCGGUAUACGAAGAAAGCAGCCGCCGAGGCAGAAGAGCGAUUGACUGCUGCCAUCCGCGAGGCGUUGUCUAAUCAAAAAGUCGUCCACGUUGGAGACAUACUUCCUCUCCCAUUACCGUCGCAUCCCAUUACACACGCUCCGCCCCCGCCGGCCAAGAUAACUUUCUGCGAACCCGUUGCGCAGGGCUUACUGCUUCCUACUACGAAGAUUGUUUUGGUGCAAUCUCGUCCCCACGGAGCUCGCCAUCACAAGGGAUACACCUUGAAUGGACAGGGCCUAUUUAAACCUGCGACAGAAGAAGAGGCAGAUGAUACUGCAAACGAGCAAUUUUUUUCGGCUGCGGAAGAUCGCGCCUUGGAGAGUAGUACGGACAUAGAGAGUACCUCUCCGCCAGACGACUCCGAGACCGACCUAUCCGCGGCUAGCGAUCAUGAUUCCUCGGAGGAUUCGCUGGAUGAUAUGAUUUCAUUAGCAGCUCCUCAAUUACCUCAGCAACCUUCAGGGGUAAUGUCGGCCAUGUCUGCUAUGACUCCGCGCCCGGGUGGCCGCCGUAUGGAUGGGGCUAAUACUCCGGGUUCGGUUAUAUCGACAUUUACCUCUGGUACUGCUCGUCCUGGACGCGUCGGGGGCAAAACAUUCAAAGCCGAGGGUCUCUUGAAUCGAGUCUCGGUUGAAUUACUACAUCCAAAGCCCAGAGACGAUGAUGAUACUGAUUCUUUUGUCUAUGUUGAUGUCAAUUCCCUUGUCAAAGUUGGCUGUUUCUCUGGUGACUGGGUUCGCAUUGAGGGCACAGAAGAGCCUCAGGCUAAUCCCUUUGCGUCCUUGUCGCUUGGAAGUUUGAGUCUUGGUGAUGAAGAGUCUGGCAAUUGGCGUGCGGUCCGAGUAUACGGGAUAUCUGGCUUGCCGUCUCCAAAACCACGUUACGCUGUCGGCCCGUCGUCGAAUCGACGGUCAAGCAUCUCUCAGCUGCCAGGGCAGCGCCUUACCCCAGCGGUCUUCUUGCCACCAUUACUUCUCAACAACCUAGACAAUCCUAAAUAUGUAAAACUCUCGCCUCUGCCGUUCGCAUCAGCGCAUGGCUCGGCUCGGCCUGGGGUACACCAAAGCAUAAAACCAGGCUCAAGCAAGUCCCCGCCAGUCGCUAAAGAGGUGACUCUUCUCAAGAUAUCAACCCCGUUGUCCUCGGAUCGUUCCAUUCAACCUGCUCUAUUUGCUGGUCUGCGACGAUAUUUUGAAUCCAAGAAACGACUCGUCAAAAAUGGGGACCUUGUUGGAAUCAGUGUCGAUGAGGGGUUGGGGAGAGCUAUUUACUCUACCGUCAAGGCGUCUGAGAGUGGCAAUGCGGAAGAUGAUUUGACCUCAAAGCUUGGCUAUGCCCCUGACUCGUCUCAUGAUGAGAAUACCGCAUCUCGAAAGGUGGGAGUUGCUUGGUUCGAGGUUGGACAGGUCAUCGUGCCGUCUCCUGAAGAACAGGAUGGAGACGACCAAUGGGGCGGGGUGGCCAUUAUCGAUUCAUCAAGUACACGCAUGGCACAGGCGGGUAGUAUAAUCAGCAGGAUCCCUGGGACUUUGAAGAGCGGAUGGGAGUACUGGCUUGGAGUUAGAUGUCUCCCUCGAGCACAUAGCGACGUGCCGCUUUCCCAUGGAUUAAUCACAGAGUUGCCGAAAUUUUCCAAAUCUCCUAUUCAGAACCGUGUUAGAGAGUUAAUAACAGCCGCAACAAGCCCUCGAGCUAUACAACUAGGCAUGCCUCCAGUUUUCAUCCUUCUCACAUCAACUCAGAGGCAUAUUGGAAAGACGACGUUGGCUACGCGUGCAUGUGCAGACAUUGGCCUUCAUGCUUUUACCAUCGAUGCCUACGACAUACUGACAGAGGGCGGCGCGAAUGGUGGGGAUGUCAAAACAGAAGCGUAUAUGAAAGCUCGGGCGGAGAGAGCAUUUGCUUGUGGCCCUAGUUCCACAGCUCUAGUCAUCAAGCAUAUUGAUGUACUCACCGCUGAUAGAAUUGCAAUCGCUAUGAAAGAGAUAGUUGCAGACUCACGUGUGGCCAUUGCAACAACAACCGACGUCGAUAAGAUACCAGAAGCAGUCCGAAGUCUUUUCACGCACGAGCUGGAGAUGACCGCGCCCGAAGAAAAAGAACGAGAGGGCAUCUUACACAAUGCAAUUAUUGAUCUUGGUAUCAAGAUAUCUCCUGACGUUGACCUUGGCGCCGUUGCUGUCAAGACAGCUGCCCUUGUAGCCGGCGACUUGGUGGACGUUGUCGAACGCGCAUCUCUCGCAAAACUUGAUCGUCUUGAAAAGAUCACUCGAGCAGCGAAUGAUCGUCAUGCUAUCGACAGCUCUGUGAGCCUCCGCGACGUCCAAUUGGCAGGCGGUGAUGCAGCGCGAUGCGUCACAAAAGCCGACUUUGAUCUGGCCGUCGAUGCUGCGAGAAAGAAUUUCGCAGAUGCGAUUGGUGCGCCCAAGAUCCCGAACGUUACAUGGGAUGACGUCGGAGGGUUGAGCAAUGUGAAGGACGCUGUUAUGGAAACCAUACAGCUCCCUCUUGAGCGGCCGGAGUUGUUUGCCAAGGGCAUGAAGAAGCGGAGCGGAAUUUUGUUUUACGGACCUCCUGGAACUGGCAAAACUCUUCUGGCUAAGGCUAUUGCUACUGAAUUCUCACUUAACUUCUUCUCCGUGAAAGGUCCGGAGCUGCUUAAUAUGUACAUUGGUGAAUCCGAAGCAAAUGUUCGCAGGGUAUUCCAGCGAGCUCGGGAUGCGCGUCCCUGCGUGGUGUUCUUUGACGAGCUUGAUUCGGUAGCGCCAAAAAGAGGAAACCAGGGCGAUAGUGGUGGAGUUAUGGACCGUAUUGUCAGUCAGCUUCUUGCAGAAUUAGAUGGCAUGAGCGGCGGCGAAGAAAACGGCGGUGGUGUCUUCGUAAUUGGCGCCACCAAUCGACCCGACUUGUUGGAUGCCGCUUUGCUGCGUCCCGGCCGUUUUGAUAAGAUGCUGUACUUGGGCGUGUCGGACACACACGAAAAGCAAACCAAGAUCUUGGAAGCGCUUACUCGGAAAUUCACACUUGGCCCGGAUGUUUCUCUGGCGCGAAUUGCGCAACGAUUGCCUUUCACAUAUACCGGUGCGGACCUGUAUGCUUUGUGCUCGGAUGCGAUGCUCAAGGCCAUUACGCGACAGGCGACGUGUGUGGAUGAGAAGAUCAAGGCGUUGCCAGAUGGCCCCGUGAGCACAGCGUAUUAUUUCGACCAUCUUGCUACGCCGGAUGAUAUUGCUGUUAUGGUGACAGAAGAAGAUUUUACGGAUGCGCAGGACGAACUUGUCGCUAGUGUUAGCGCUAAGGAACUUGAGCAUUUCGAACGCAUCCGUCGAUCAUUCGAGUCGUCUAGCACGCAGGAAACAGGAUCAUCGCAACCUCGAACAAUUGCCGAUGCUAUCGACGGUCUCAGUCCCGGCAGCGAGAUUGUUGUGAAUGGCGAUGCCUAUAGAAGCAGCGGCAUAACCCCCAAGCCAGGCACUACUACUGCCACUACGUCGUCUACCAGUAGUAAUAAUAGAAACAAGACUGUGCGGGUAGCGUCUGGAAGCGGCAAAGGCAAGAGCAGCAAGCCGGCAGUUGCAGGCGAGGGAGACUCGGAUUCUUCGUUUGACGGAUACCAGCCGGGCUCGCGCAGUGGUGAGAGUGUGCACUCUCAGGCGUAUGAUGUUGGCGAAGAGGCGGAUGUGGAUGGCAUGGAGGAUGAUUAUGUGGUGAGAACGGACCAUCUGAGGUCGAAUGAUGUGGAUUGA